CAGAUUAUAAGUUAAGACGUUUGCACCGUCAAAACCUUUCCACGACUCAGACUCCGUGUAACUGUAUCCCUUUGUCUCAAUGUCUAAACUUAAUGCAAGGGAUUAAUAAAAUCCAGCUUGUAUCCAUUAAGUCAUUCACUGAUUUAUCAAGUCUGACUAAUAGGAACAGACGUCAUAAAAGCAUCUCAGCAUGGCCAUGCAGUUUCCUCAGUCAUGACUUAUCAGUGGGCCCCAUAAGACAUUAAUCUCUUUAAAAAGAGUAGUGACAAAUCCUAUGUACGUAAUCUACGUUUCUGAAUACGCGCUGCGGCAUACCCCAAACAAAGCCUAUGGAUGUUGCUGGGAUGAUUCCGCAUGGAAACCGCCACACAUUGCAGAAUAUGGAAGAGCUCCCUUUGCACUCAGACGAAGCGAAAAAGAAAUUUCUCACUUGGGGAAACACUAAGAUGCUCCAGUCCCCCAUGGUGUUGGACCCUGCAUAUCUGGAUGAACUAGGGCACUGGCAGGACAUUGAUGACUUGUUGUAUGACCCAAAAUGGAGAAUCCUGUUGUUCUUGCACGCAUCAGCCAGCCUGGAAGCCACCAUCGAGUUCCUUUGUUCUCUCCGCUUCCUCAAUGACGGUGAAGAGGCAAGGUCAGCAGCCAAAGUCACCUCCACCACAAGGGUCACAUUCACUCUGAUGGGUAGACUGCUGAACCUAACUAUGGUGGAUUUAGGGUGGAUAAAUGUUCUAUACACGUUCGAUGAAACGAGGAGCCUGGCCUUUUCCGAUCUUCCCGACCAGUUGGACCCCGAAUUCAACGUUAAGAAGUUCUGGCAAGCUCACGGGCAUGGACGAUUUCACGGUGGAGCAAGCCUAGCUAGGAAUUGGGCGCGUCCAUCUUGGAGAAUUUUGCAUCAUGCAUUGACUCACAGCUAUUUUGGCCGUUCACACAGCCCCGACGUGGUGUAUGAGUCUGAUAUGCUGUUUUUUGGAGUUUGGAGGCGCGCGUACGAGUCAAUUUAGCAACCUUUGUGGCUCAAUUCUUGUUUGCUCAGUCUACUUGCGACCGCCAGUUUGUCUUGUGUGGACCAAUGGUUACACUCCUGGCUCGAGGACUAUAGUUCAUAAAAGUUCUUAGAAUUAAAUUUGUAAUUUAAGUAUUUAAUUAAAUUUGUAAUUUAAGUAUUUAAGUAUUAAUUUAGAAUAAUGAUUUUUGGAACAAUUAUCGUACACGAAAAAUAAUUUUGGAAAAGAAUCCUUGCUUUGUAAGCAAGGGGUAUGAGGUUUAAGAAGAGAUUCUUUUGUAGACCUUCUUGUGACUUUGGUCAAGCCGUGUUCUAGGCUUCCCCAUCCUUUCUUUACUUAUUGUACUCCCCGGAAGGCAUGUCUUCCGUAUGAGGGGCUGGCGUUAGGCCUUGGUUUGGUCCUCCCCUCACUUUGUAGUGACGAAUAUAUCUUAAUAAAACUCGGUAAAGGUUGCCUAAAAAAAUGCAGGAGUUAGAGCAUAGAAGCUCUAAGUAAAUUCUAAGUAGCGAACAAUUCUGCAAGCAUAAGAGAGAAACACUUGAUUAUAAAAAUAAAUAAAUAGGCCCUUA